AUGGCAAAAGCAACCGCCGACAAGGGCGUCAAGAAGCUCGCCGAGGAGCCUCAUGGCUAUGAGUUUCUCGGACCUCCUGGAGCUUUCCUCAUCUCCUUUGGUCUUCCUCUUCUAGUCUAUGUCUUCACGUUUGUGUGCAAUGACAUCUCUGGAUGCCCGGCACCCGUGCUCCUCCACCCUGAAAGCUUCAGCCUUGAACAGCUGAAGAAGGAGGUUGGAUGGACCGGUUUCUCUGGUCUGCUCAACACACAGGCUCUUCUUGGCACCCUGGGCUACUACUUCCUGAGUCUUGUCCUGUAUCGCUUCCUCCCAGGUGAAGAGUGUGAGGGUACAGAGCUCAGGUCCGGUGGUAGGCUCAAGUACAGGUUCAAUGCCUUCUACUCUGCUCUCUUCAUCGUAUCGGUUCUCGCCGCUGGAACCAUCGCCCAAGGUGUCGACUUCCCUGUCUGGACUUUUAUUCACGACAACUACAUCGGUAUCGUCACCAGCAAUAUCCUCAUCUCCUACUUCCUGGCCAUCUACGUCUAUGUUGCUUCUUUCAGCGUUAAGCACCCUAAGGAUCCCUCCAUGCGGGAGCUUGCAGCUGGCGGUCACACUGGCAACAUGCUGUACGACUGGUUUAUUGGACGUGAACUGAACCCCCGCAUCACCCUACCCAUCUUUGGUGAAGUUGAUAUCAAGGCAUGGUGCGAACUUCGCCCUGGAAUGCUAGGAUGGGUCAUCAUGGACCUUGCCUUUAUGGUGCAACAAUACCGCAACUUUGGCCGCGUGACCGACUCCAUUAUCCUCGUCACCGUUGCGCAAACCGUCUAUACCUUUGACGCCUUAUACAUGGAGCCCGCCAUUCUCACUACCAUUGACCUGAUCGCAGAUGGUUUCGGCAUGAUGCUUUCAUUUGGCGACCUUGUUUGGGUCCCCUUUACCUAUUCUCUCCAAACCCGCUAUCUCUCGGUUUACCCCGUCGAACUCGGCCUGACCGGUGUAGCCGGUGUAUUGGCCGUACAGGGUAUUGGCUACUACAUUUUCCGUGCCGUCAACAACGAGAAGAACCGCUUCAGGACCAACCCCGAAGACCCCCGCGUCAAGCACCUCAAGUACAUCGAGACAGCCGCCGGCUCCAAGCUCCUUGUCAGUGGCUGGUGGGGUAUGGCCCGCCACAUCAAUUACCUUGGCGACUGGUUCAUGAGCUGGUCCUAUGUCCUGCCCACCGCCGUGUCCGGAUAUGUCAUCAAGAACGCAGCUCAAGACCCCGUCACCGCUGCCCAGACUGACGCCUACUUCUUCAAGAACAGCUACGGAAAGUACGUUGUACCUGGUGAGGCCAAGGGAUGGGGUAUGAUCUUCACCUACUUCUUCAUCGUCUACUUUGCUGUCUUGCUCAUCCACCGCGAACGCCGUGAUGAGGAAAAGUGCAAGAAGAAGUAUGGAAAGGAUUGGGAUCGUUAUGUGGAGCUUGUUCCCUGGAGAAUCAUCCCCGGUAUCUACUAA